AAACCGUGCGUGCAUACAAAGAUCGUCUGGCCGAGGCUUUGGGAGUAGACAAAAUAAAAAAUAACUCAGAAGACAAAAAAGGCAAGGACUACAUUAUAAUACAUUUUCGCUUGCUUAUUUAAAGUAUCGAGAAGAAAAAAAUGGGUAAAAACAAGUUAAACGUUCCCAAAAAACAACAGCAUGAAAAUGAAGAACACGAUAACCUGUCGCUUGAAGCUAAAGCAUUAGCCGAACAGGAUCCGACGCUAUCAGAAGACAGCGAUAAUAACGGCGGCGCAAAUGCUUUCUUGUGGUUGUUCGCGUUUUCGGUGUUGAUGUUCACUUUUCCCUUCAUCACUUUCUAUGGUGUGCGUUCUUGGUUGCAGGAAUCCUUUGACUUUGAUACAUUCCAAACGAACUGUUUUUCGGUACUGGCUUCUGUGCUGGUAGUAAAUUUCAUACUGUGUUUGUAUGUGUUUAAAGCUUUCAGUGAAAAGACUGGUCCUAUCAGCAGCAGCAGUACUUCUACCUCUGCAGCCUCGGUGGACAACAAGAAAUCUAAUUAAACAUUUUUAUAGAAAGUAUUUCUUUUUUACAUCCAUAUAUACAUGCAUAUGAGCGAUUAUUAUUGUAUUCAUUGAAAUUUGUAAAUAAAGUUUCAGACCAUUUCAUUAAUAACUAAAA